GCUUGAUAUAGCACUUGAACCUAUCUGGCAUAGGACCGGGAACUAUGCUCUUGAUCGGUUCUUGUCUCUGAUGUCAAUUGCAUGGUGGGUUCGUGGUGGUGGCAUUUCUGUAUAUUCUUGCAGGCACGAACCUGCGUUUCUCAGAGUGUAUCACAUCAUAACCAACCGAUCUUCAACGGUCUCAAGACACUUCGAACCGUAUGGGAAGAGGGAUUCAGGAGAAAAGACGUCAAGUAUUCAAUAAACUAUAUUCACAAGGAUAUCAUAUCUCAUAAUGUGCGUCUAUGUCGCUAUGAAGCCCGGAUGAAAGCUAUGCCCGCAAAAAAGGGGGAAAGAAAAAAGAAAUAGCUCAAUGUACAAGAAGACUACCAGAGAACCAAGACCGCCUCGUGGCGCCACAA